CACAAAACAAAUCAGCUUUACGGACGGAGGACAGUCCACAGAAAACCAUCUAAAAGCAAUAUUUGUUAUUCUAGUGUGAAUUUCCAGAAACUGAAAAUGAUCGAGGUGGUUUGCAACGAUCGCCUGGGCAAGAAAGUCCGGGUAAAGUGCAAUUCUGAAGACACUAUUGGAGAUCUGAAGAAGCUCAUUGCUGCUCAGACAGGAACACGUUUUGACAAGAUUGUACUAAAGAAAUGGUAUACCAUAUUCAAGGACCACGUGUCUCUGGGGGACUAUGAAAUCCAUGAUGGGAUGAACCUGGAGCUGUACUACCAGUAGACCAGAGGAGGACCACAGGUCGAUGCCACAGAUGACCCUCUUCAUUGACAGACUCGCAGAGAAAUGGAAUUGGUCGCAGAAAACCACCUUGAUCAUCAGAGAGAGAAAGAGCAGUAUCUACAUAGACAUUGCAUUGGUCUCAGUUUUAGCGUAUGAUUUUGUUUGCCCGGAAAUUGUGUGAAAGACAUGUGCAGUUGUUUUGAUAUUUUGGAAUUAAAGCGGAUAUUUACCUACCAACAAGGCUGAGUGCUGGUCAUUGCUGUCCUGUAAUCUUGACUGUAAACUCUUGUAUGACUACAAUGUAAUUUUAAAAUGUUUGAACAGAGAUCAUUGCACUAAUUUCUCUGGUACAUUGUCAAAAUAAAUGAACAUGACCUAAGCUUAUUAAGCAGAAGUAUGAUUGUGUACUUUUGGUCUCACUGGCAUGAAGUAUAGUACAUGUAUUUAUUUAAUCACUGUACAAACUUGAUGUGUUACUUGAGAAUUACAAUUCUUUGCUACUUCUACUCCACUAUAUUUCAAAGAUACUUUAAAGUACUUUUUACUCCAUGUAUCUGAAAGCUGUAGUUGCGUAUUACUUUACAGAUUAAGAUUUUUCAUGCAAAAGAUCUAAUCUGUUUAUAAAACCGGUAUGUAAAGUACCCAGCUGUAUAUAAAGCUGUUAAAAAGUACAACACUGAAAUCCUGCAUACACAUUAAUGCAUCUAAUUAUACAGUGUGUAAAAUAGACUCAAAUAGCUGGAUCAGGUAUCCGAUACCAGUUACAAUCCAGUACAUUUAUCUGUAUUAGUUACAUUUUGUCCUACAAAAUAUUUUCAAGGAUAGUGUGCUUCCAACUUUGUGACCAUAGUUUGGAAAAGACCGUUUCAACAUCACACUAACCCAGUCGUUACACCAAACUAAGCUAAGCAUUACAAUGCCGCCAUGCAAAAAGCCAGACCUGUUGGGGAAGA